AAUGAUCUGCUGGGAACUUCAAUCUCGAAAGUUAGAACGAAUCAGCUUGGGAGACUCGCCCAAUGGGUGUUACAUUCUCCUCACGUUCUGGUCCAUUUUUACAACAGAGUAUCCUUCCUCUGAUAUCUGAUUGCCUGAUUCUUCGUUCCCAGAAGCAGGACCUCAUUGGUCCUAUGGCCGGCGAACACGGCAGAUUCUUGACAAGGUUCAAGGAAGUACAUAUCUGAAUACCUCCCGAACUUCGAAAAUGAAGGCAGGGCACGCUGUAACAGAGCUGCGACUUCCCUUACCUGCUCAUCUGAACUCGUAGGAGGUCGCGGUGCCGUCGUCCUCUUUCUGAACCCAUACCCUCCUGUUCGUCUAUUUCUCAGGAUUUAAAUCGUAACAGGUGAUAAGAAUGUCUGAGACCAAGGCAGACUCUUUGUCCGCCACCGAGAAGGGACUCGAUGAGCCGGCUGUUUCUGAGGCUCCAUCUGAGGCAGCGAAGCCACCUCCUGGCCCUACGUUCCCGGAGGGAGGCCUUCAGGCGUGGCUUACUGUCGCUGGAGCGUCGCUUGUCCAAUUCUGCACCUUUGGGUAUACAAACUCAUUUGCGGUGUAUCAAGAUUUUUAUGUCCGAGAAUAUCUCAACAAUAAGACAUCGUCUCAAAUCAGCUGGAUCGGAAGCGUCCAGCUUCUCCUCGUUCUGUCCACUGGUUUCAUCACCGGCGCCGCGUUUGACCGGGGAUAUUUUUACUAUCUUAUGGCUGGGGGAACUGUGUUGUUCGCCUUCUGUUUAUUCAUGCUUUCGCUUUCUCAGCCUCAUCAAUAUUAUCAGGUUUUCCUGUCUCAAGGCCUUGGCGUUGGCAUCGCUUUGGGCAUGACGUACAUACCAUCAUUGAGCGUUGUUGCUCAUUAUUUCAGCAAGAAGCGGGCGAUCGCUAUGGGUUUCGUGGCGGCUGGAUCUUCGCUGGGGGCGACGAUACAUCCAAUCAUGCUGAACAACAUGUUCAACAACCCCAAGAUUGGAUUCGUCAAAGGGGUGCGAGCAAGCGCUGGCAUGAACCUAGGCCUGUUAGUCAUCGCAUGCCUCAUGAUGCGGACUCGUCUUCCGCCCAAGAAGGCAGCAGCAGGGAUCCUGGGUAUAUGGGGCAGCGCGAAAGAUUUCAUUGGCGAUUCGGCGUAUGUAUGCGCCGUGUGUGGGGGAAUCCUAUCCAUUACGGGUUUCUACUUCCCACUCUUCUAUCUUCAAUUGAACGCGAUUACUCAUGGCCUCGAUGUUACAUUUGCUUUCUACGCUGUGGCGAUUCUGAAUGGCGUCUCUGUAAUUGGUCGGAUUCUUCCUACUUUCGUAGCAGCCCGAUUUGGUGUCAUAAACAUGCUCGCUUUCUGCAUGUAUUCCUGCUCUAUCCUUGUUUUUGGCUUAUUGGGUGUGAAGACUGUUGGUGGCACUGUGGCGUUCUCAGUUAUAUUCGGCUUAUUCGGUGGUGGUCUUGUUACACUACUUGCUCCAGUCUACUCCUCGUUGUCACGAGAUGUCUCUGAGAUUGGCGCACGUAUGGGGAUUGCGUUCACGUUUCUCGGAUUCGGAGGGCUUGCUGGCCCACCCAUCGAGGGUGCACUCCUCGGCUCGAAUACGACAUGGUGGAAGCCUUCGAUCUUCGCCGGGAUCUGUUUGGCCGGUGGAGGGACUUUUAUGUCUCUUGCACGAACCAUCGCUGCGAAGCGCAAGAGCAGAUGGAAUGUUUGAACACUGGCUGAACUGGAUUUCACGUGUGUGACCGUGUGGCUCGGAUUGCCCUAUACUUUGUAUCUAUUCUGCUGCAUAAAACGUCGAUUGGGCGUGUUUCGCCUCGACUACAUUAUUGUGCGGGUAAACAAGUCCAAUGCCAUCCAUUUCCAGCCAUGC